AGACAAGGAUCACUCCAGACAUCUCCUACCUACGGUUUGGUUUUUUUUUUUUUUUUUUUUUUUUUUUUUCUUUCUUAAAGGCGAGGCUUGCAUUCCUCAGCAGCUAUGUACAAGCUCCUCUCUCUAAAGUUAGUAUGCAGGGUUUCCUAGGCUGAGAGCUCCUGAUUCAUGGGGAAGUAGUUCCUUGAGGUGGACGAUCUCUCUCUUCACCUUUCCUGUUGUUGCCUGCAGGCUAGUGCCUACUUUUUAUCAGUUUGCACAAUCGCUUAGAUAAACACGGAGGAAGAGAGUCUCUUUAAUUAUCAAAGACACAUCUUUUCGGGGUCCAACAAAGCGCUUAUUUCACCCGCCAAACUAAAGGAGAGUUAUUCCAGUGUAGGAGGAAGAUGCAAGCAAUUUGGGACCUUGAACAAGGCAAAUAUGGUUUUGCCGUCCAGAGAGGCAGGAUGCCGCCCACCCAGCCGACCCACGGGCAGUUUGCCCUGACCAACGGGGACCCCCUGAACUGCCACUCGUACCUGUCCGGAUAUAUUUCUCUGCUGCUGCGCGCCGAGCCCUACCCCACGUCGCGCUUCGGCAGCCAGUGCAUGCAGCCCAACAACAUCAUGGGCAUCGAGAACAUUUGCGAACUGGCGGCGCGCCUGCUCUUCAGCGCCGUCGAGUGGGCCCGCAACAUCCCCUUCUUCCCCGACCUUCAGAUCACCGACCAGGUGGCCCUGCUUCGCCUCACCUGGAGCGAGCUGUUCGUGCUGAACGCGGCGCAGUGCUCCAUGCCCCUCCACGUCGCCCCGCUCCUGGCCGCCGCCGGCCUACACGCCUCGCCCAUGUCCGCCGACCGGGUGGUCGCCUUUAUGGACCACAUACGGAUCUUCCAAGAGCAAGUGGAGAAGCUCAAGGCUCUACACGUUGACUCCGCCGAGUACAGCUGCCUCAAGGCCAUAGUCCUGUUCACCUCAGAUGCCUGUGGUCUCUCUGAUGUAGCCCAUGUGGAAAGCUUGCAGGAAAAGUCCCAGUGUGCUUUGGAAGAAUACGUUAGGAGCCAGUACCCCAACCAGCCAACGCGAUUCGGAAAGCUUUUACUGCGUCUCCCUUCCCUUCGCACCGUGUCGUCCUCAGUGAUAGAGCAAUUGUUUUUCGUCCGUUUGGUAGGUAAAACCCCCAUCGAAACCCUCAUCCGGGAUAUGUUACUGUCCGGUAGCAGUUUUAACUGGCCUUACAUGGCAAUUCAAUAAAUAAAUCCAAAUAAGAAGGGGGAGUGAAACAGAGAGAAAGAAAAAAAGGCAAAAGACUGGUUUUGUUUGCUUAAAUUCCUUCUGUUAAGAAAGGAUAUAAAAGGAUGUUACAAGUUUGCUAAAAGAAGAGAGGGGAAGAAUUUAAUGGACUGUGAAUCUCAAAAAAAAUAAAUAAAAAAGACUGUCAAAUGAACUUUUACAGAAUGCAUAAAAAAAAAAAAAAAACAACUCCUGUGUCGGUCAGAACAACUUGCUACUUAUCAUUUUUGUAUAAAAAGGAAAUUAGUCUUUUUCUUUUUUCUUUUUUUUUUUUUUGGUAAAAUUUUGAAAACUCAUGCUAAAAGUGCAUUUAAGGAGAUUGGGAGAAAAUUAGCAGAAUGGAGAAAGUAAGUCUUUUCUUUUUUUCCAAAUUAUUAAUUGUCCUGUGUCUAUGUACCUGUAGCUGUUCUUUUUUGUACUUUCCUGGUUCCAAACCAGUUUAUUCUGUGGUUCUAUAAUAAGUUUUGAUAUAAUCUUGGCUUCUUAAAAACUGUAUAUCCUUAAAAUAUAUGUUCUGUAAGAAUUAAAAUCGAGUCCAUGAAAAUAUCAUAGGAAGACAUAAAACUUUAGAAGGCAACUCAAAGAUGAUGAAAACGCACUUACAAGUGGUGACCAAAAAUUUUGGGUGAAGUCAAGCCCUCUAAUUUGAGAGCUGAAGGAACCACAUACAACACUUAACUCCCCCUACCUGCCCCCCUCCAAAAAGAAAGACACCAUGACAAACCUAGCUUUUUAAAAAUAUUUUAAGAAAGAGAAUGAACUGUGGAAUUUAUUGGCAGCCAAGGAAUGUGUCCAAGACACAUGCUGAGGUUUUGAAUAAAAAGUGAACUUUUGUAAUUUGAAUUGGGUCCCCACUUAGUUCUUGAAUUGUUAUGGAAAUCCUAUAUCUGUUUGUAUAUUUGCAAACCCUUUGUAUUAUAAUUGUUGAUAUUUUCCCUUUUUAAAAAAAAAAUACCAUUGAAAUCAGCAUGACAAAAUAACACUGUUGGCACUUAUAGGUAAUGUGAUUGAUUCAGUAUCUUAGAGUUUACAGUUUGUGUUUUAAAAAAAACUGAAGGUUUUUUUUUUUUAAGUGCAACAUUUCUGUAUACUGUAAAAGUUAUAAUAACUGAACUGUUUGGUCGAGUCUUUGUGUGUUAUAUUCCAAGGAAAAUUGAAAGUAUUCAGAAAUUAAAAUAUUAUUUGAUAUCUGAAACCUGUUUGCCUGUCCCCACUGACUGUCUUCUGUCGAGGCGAGACCCCCACCCCACCAGAGCUCUCGCAGAGCGGGGCUGGGCGGUCCAUUUGUUUAUGAUCUUCAGUCAGUUUGUUCAAAGGUGGACUAGUGUAUUUGCCUGCUUAAUUUGGGUGCGUGUGGGGGGGAGCUGAAGUUAAUGGUUUAUCUAUGCUUUAGGAAGUGCCAUACUGAUAUAGUAAACCACCUCCAUUCACCUAAUCCUCUUUUUAAUUAAAAAUGGAUUUUCCAGGGGAAAAAAAAAAAAGGCCCUUAUAUUUGU